CCGCUGUGGGGUGUGCAUCCGAAGCCAUUUUCGUAUGGAUGAAGCCAUGCGGAAGUCUAUGAAAGCCAACUCUGUGAGUUUCCACAGGACGCAUGGCUAGAGUUCCAGUAUGCUUUCAGCUACCUGGACGGCUCGGACGACCGGCAACAGCACCAAGGACUGACCUGCAGCAAGCAGCAUCCUGGCUUCGGCAAGCUGAGAUUGACCUACAGGCCAUGUUUAAGAUGGCCUCGAAUUCCGAAGGGCCUUUCCCUUGUCAUGCUAUGACUGCUGCGAGCUUGGCCGCCUUGGCCGCUCAAGUGGUGGAUAUGGCCUUGAAGUCGGCAAUGCUUCGACUGCAGGGCUUGACCCACGAAGAAAUUGUAGGGCACCAUUUCUCCGUUUUGCAUCGACGCCUGCAGCAUGCAGCAGUCCGGCAUACGAAGGAGGAUCUACCGGGAGAUGUUUGCGAUAUGGAACGGCUGAAGAGCAUUUACUUAGCCACGCAUCCCACACACUCCAGUGCCCACGAAGUCGCGACUCAGCAUCAAAGAAAUGGGCUUUGUAUGAAAGAUGCAAAGCGAGCUGGAGUGAUAGCACGCCAGAUCUUUGACUGGGUGAAGGCAUUGUCAGAGAGUCUUCAGGAUAUUCCAGGGAAAGGCAAAGGCGAAGCCAGAGACACCAAAGUCAGAGAACUUGAGGAAGAUGGCAUCAGUAGCGGUGGCAGCUCUGGCAGCUAUGGACAUGAUUUUGAGGACGAUUCGCCGAACUCUGCUUUGGAAACCAGAGAAAUCAAAGAAACCCGAAGAAAUCAAAGGAUGCCUGUGGAAGUAUGGACCGCGUCUGAGCUGAAGGAGGAAGCACUCCCAAAGGUCUCCUUCAUGCCUGCGGAGCCAGAGGAGGACGUCCAGCCUGAGGAGACAGUCUUGUCACAAAAAAACGCCUCUCUUUGUAGGGGUACUACCGAAGAUGUGCUGGAUGGUCUCGAGACAGUGGUGCAGUACACGAAUAUGGCAUGCCGUUUGCGUGCAAAGGGCCUCAUGCCUCGAGCAAUCAGGAUGAUGGAGCGUGCGUUGAUGAUCUCACAUCGCUUUGGGCAAGGUCAUCCCGCUUUGGCUUUGGAAACUUGCAAAGUGCGCUUGAACUUUGCAGCAUACUUAUCCGAAAGCUUCCGCAACAGAGAAGCUAUCAAAGCUAUCAAGGAGGCGCAAGAAAGCUUGGGACGGCUGGUGCAGUGGGCCGCUCAGUGCCCAGAAGAGUCAGCUGCGCAGGCUUUGGGCCGGGAAGCUUGCAAUUUGCGUUGUUGCGCUCUGGUUGCAGAGGCCAUGGCAUUGGAUCUCUUGGAAGAUGGGAAACCGCCACCGGAAGAGAUCUCUGAGGAACUCAAGGAAAUGGCACGCGUGACCAUUUCCAGUAUGCCAGCCGAUCAUCCGUUGCGGUCUCUGGUGCGCAGAGCACUGGGCAGCCACACAGCUCGCCCCACCGGCCAGAAGAAAAAGCUUCCGAAGAAAUCUGUUUCGAACCUCAUUCUGAAACUAGCUGGAGCCCAAAAAGGAGGAGAAGGGCCAUUCGCAGCGCCUGAGCCUGAACCAGAUGUGCCGACGCCAGAGACACCAGUGACGCCAGUGGCCAAGCAGUUGAAGUACGCGGAGACACCCUCCCGACACAAGCCUGGAGCCGAGGAACAGGAUGUGUUCAAGCAGUAUUUGCGAGAUUUGGAGCUGGCCCGUGUUGCUCAUCUCCUUUCUCUCAGCGAUGAUUGGGAGAUGCAAGCCCGGAAGAAGCUUGACAACUGCCGCCGGAAAGCCAGAUUUGAGCUGGAACUGGUUGACCUGGAGCUAAAAGAGAAGCGAUACUCCCACCAGGGCCAUAAGGUCUUUAUGCAGCAAUUGCAGAAGAUGAACAAAUCAGCCAGUGAUCCAAACAUUCGUCGCGCAGCAAGAAAGGAUAAGACAGCCCCUGAGACUUUCCACUUGAAGAAGCUCAGCCGAAAGAUCAAGAUCUAUGAUAUCUAUGCAAAGCCAGUGCCAGCAACGUCACCGAAAUCCAAGGUGGAUCAAUAGCCUGGGAACAUAUAUAAAGAUGGUGCGGGCAGAGCUGGUUCUGCGACCAGUGGAGGAAAGCAGUGUGCAGCAUUUGCGAUGGCGUCCUAUAGCGAUCGCGUCGAAUUCGCUUUGCUCUUAUCUAUGUCCUUCUUGUCUAAUAGUUUCUUUUUCUUUUUCCUUUCUUGUCUCUUUUCCCCACCUUGCAGAUGAAGGUUGCUAGAUUUUAUGUCCGCUCUACUCACUCUACUCUACUCCUCCCUUUCGCCCUUUCGUCCUUCCGUCCUUCGUCCUUCCAUCCUUCGUCCUUUCGGCUGCUGAUAAGCUUGACAAAUUUUGAGAGACCGGACGAUCGUGCUCGACCGCAGAAUAGUUCUUGUGACAGGUAACAAUUCAAAGACACUGUCAUGUCACUAAAUCACGUUUCCUGUAGCUUGGCCUCAGAGUCAGCGCAAUCCUCCCUGCACAUCGCAGACUGCCCAAGCAGCAGACGCUGCCAAAGAGGGGCGAUCAGGCUGCAAAGCCUGCUGACAAUGGUUUGAAGACCCUUGGAAUCCCUGCCAUUUGCCGGAGCGCUAGUGCAAAUUGUACAGAAAGGGACCAGUCAACCACAAAGUUCAGGCCUGAGGUCUGAAGCAGCGCAAAA